AUGUUCUCUGAAGUAAGUGCCCAGAAAGAGGGCUCGUCUCUGCUCUGCCGCCCAGACUCGGAGGACCAGGGGCCGGUGUUUGAGCGGAUGUCUCAGGCCUACAGUCCCUGGUCCGAGCGCUACAGCGUUGGAGAACGGAGCUUCAGUCGCCAAUAUGCUCACAUCUACGCAGCACGACUCAUGCAGAUGAGGCCCACUUUAUCAGAGCGGGCCCAGAAGAAGUGGGGACCAGAUGUGAUUAUCAAGAAGCUGUGCGAUCUAGAACCAGGGGAGCAGUGUUGCAUAGUCGGGACUUUGUUCAAGCGCAUGGAAUUGCAGCCAUCUAUUUUGAAAGAGAUUAGUGAAGAGCACAACCUCCUGCCCCAGCCUCCCCGAGCCAAAUACAUCAGCGAAGCAGAUGAGCUGAUUCUGGAGGAUGAACUCCAGAGGAUCAAACUGGAGGGCAAAGUUGAUAGAAAUAAAUGUGUCACAGGUAGUGUUAUUGCAAUUUAUGGAGCUGAGAAGAAUGAUGGGAAGUUUACAGUUGAAGACUUUUGCACUGCAGAUCUCCCUUUGCAGAGAGAGCGACCUGCUCUUAGCUCUGACAGAUUUGUGCUCCUGGCUUCGGGACUUGGUCUUGGCAGCAGUCAUGCCGACAGCAUGCUGGGGCUACAGCUGCUGGUUGACAUGGUAACUGGUCAGCUUGGGGACAUGGGUGAGCAAAGUGGAGCAGCAGCCAUUUCGAGGGUAUUGCUGGCUGGAAACCUUCUGAGCCAAAACACUCAGGACAAGGACGCCUCAACAAAGGCCAAGUAUCUCACCAAGAAGACUCAGGCAGGAAGUGUGGAAGCCAUCCGUUUGCUGGAUGAGCUGCUGCUUCAGUUGGUGGCCUCGCUCCCAGUGGACGUAAUGCCAGGACAGUACGACCCCACCAACUACACCCUUCCACAACAGCCUCUCCACCGAUGUAUGUUCCCUUUGUCCUCCGUGUACCCCACACUACAGCUGGCGUCCAACCCGUAUGAGGCCAGCAUCGACGGAGUCAGGUUUUUAGGCACAUCAGGGCAGAAUGUCUGUGACAUCCAGAGGUACAGCAGCAUGGACAACCACCUAGAAAUACUGGAGGAAACGCUGCGUCUCAGACACCUGGCCCCCACAGCGCCCGAUACUCUCGGCUGCUACCCAUUUUACCAAAAAGACCCUUUCAUUUUGGAAGAGUGCCCCCAUGUUUACUUCAGUGGUAAUGCGCCAGCCUUUGGAUCCAAGCUCAUUGAAGGUCCCGAUGGUCAGCAAGUCCUUUUGGUCACUAUUCCAGAAUUCUGCAGUACCCAAACAGCAUGCCUGGUCAAUCUGCGCACUCUUCAGUGUGAGCCUGUCUGCUUCUCGGCCUUCACAGCUCAGGAGGACGAGGAAAGCGAAAUGAACGUCAGUCACUAA